ACUCACAGAUGCAUCGGCAGCGGAGCGUUCGGUAGUGUAUAUCUCGCCUAUGAUGUUGACACCGGUAGAGAUCUUGCAGUGAAGAAAAUCCCGAUUAUUCCAGACAACAGAGAACUUAGGCGAGAAGCUCAAGGUCUUGAGUUUGACGUACAAGAGUUAGGACGACUACAACAUCCGAGAAUUGUGCAAUAUCUAGGAGUACAGAAAACUAGCGAUAGAAUUUUGAUAUUUAUGGAGUACAUGACGGGUGGUUCUCUUAAAGAUCAUAUCGCGUUGGUAGGGAGCCUGUCAGAUCCCGUGGCUAGAAAGCAUACAGCACAGGUGUUGGAAGGUCUUGCCUUUUUACACAAAAAUCAUAUUAUUCAUCGAGACAUCAAAUCAGCUAAUAUUCUGCGAGAUUCACUGGGAAAUGUGAAGAUAGCCGAUUUCGGUUCGGGCAAAAAGAUGCAAAGUUUGGCUAGUCAGCAGGGGGCCUUUCACAGCACAAUCCAUUAUACUGCUCCGGAGGUAAGAAAAGGCAAUUUAGUUUUGCUUGGAAAAACCGCUUAUGGGCGAAAAGCCGAUGUAUGGAGUGUUGGAGUAACAUUGGUUGAAAUGUUAACUGGAAAAGUCCCUUGGAAAGAGUAUGAGCCAAUGGCUGCUAUGUUUCAAAUUGCUUAUGAAGAACCGAAAAUUGAUCUACCGCCAACGGUAGAGCCAGUAACAGCUGAUUUAUGCCGAGUGCUGAUGAAUAAGAACUUUGAGGAAAGGCCAAUGGCUGCUGAAGUUCUGCUGAAUCAUCCCGCUUUUAAAGCAAUGCAAAAGAAUCACAUUUACGAACAUUCGUAA